AUGGCUUCCGACUCUGAAAAGGGCUCGCGGCUGAGCAGGAAGAGCUUCGGCGUGACGAACCGCAUCUGGCUGAUUGUAUCCUUAUUCCUGUUUAUAAUCCUAUUCACUCGUUUAAUCCAACACGCCGACCCCGACACCGCGUCCAGAGUCGAUUUUUCGCAGCUCAGGCCGAAGAACUACCUCAACGGCUCGGAGGCACAGACACCGUUCGAGUUCUGUCCGACAUAUGGACCUGGGGAUGCUUUAUCUGCGAAGUAUGGAGCGGUUACAUUGGCGAAGACGCGCCUGCAUCUUGGGUCGGGCGCUCGGAUACAGCGUAUCGUUCGGAGAGCCAUGACCGGCCAGCCCAUGACUGUUAGUGUGAUUGGAGGAUCCGUCUCAGCAUGCCAUGGAGCAGGCGAUGAUCCACUUGCACCGCGCUGCUACCCAUCCCGCUUCUUCCAAUGGUGGAACAGCAUCUUCCCCCACCCCGCCUCCGAACUCACCAACGGUGCUAUGCGGAGGACGAACUCCGACUACUUCGGUUACUGCAACGGACACCACAUCCCCGACAACGUUGACCUUAUCAUCAUCGAGCUCGAUGUCGACGAUGCUGUCACCGAGCAAUCGUUUGAGAAUUUUGAGCUGCUCGUCCGGUCAAUUCUCAUGAGGCCGGACCAGCCUGGGAUCAUCAUUCUCGGCCACUUCAGCCCGCAAACGCACCAGACUUAUGCUUUUUCUGGCCCAGACCAUUGGCAUAACGUUGUCGCUCAAUUCUACGACGUACCACACAUCAGCACUAAACCCAUACUAUACCCAGAUUAUAUCGCCGACCCCACGUCUAUUCAGAAGUACUAUGCAGACCCUGUUCUCGCGAACCCAAGCGGGCACGAGCUUCUCGCGGAUGUCCUCAUUGCAUACCUGCAGACCCAAAUCUGCAGUGCAUGGAACGCAGGCACUGGUCGCUCGAUCGACAUCCUACCUGUCCUCGCAGGGGAUGCGCCAAAGCAACCUACCGACGCCCGCGGGCUAUUCGGCGGCAUCGGCCAGCGCAAAGGGGCUGCAGCAGGCAGCGAGGAUGUCUCCGACGGGAAGGUCGAGCUGGACCUGUCGAACGCCAUAUAUUCGCAGAUGCGUGUCCCACAGGCGCGGAUCAACACCCGUACGAACGACGCGCACGCGUUCGAAGAGAUCGCGCCAUACUGUGUGUCCGCGAACGACCUGAUCAACCCGCUGCCGCCCUCGCUGUUCUAUGGCUCAGGGUGGUACGCGCACCACCCGCCAACGGGCUCGAACUCGCUGCAGACGUCGGCGCAUUAUUGGUACUCGACGCUGCCGACAAGCAAGAUCCGGAUUCCGGUCAAAGUGGGCGCUGGGGAUAUCGGAGUAUAUUAUCUCAGGGAGUCGCGUUCGGAGGUUGGCCAGGAGGGCAGCGCGGUCGAAUGCUGGGUAGAUGACAACUACGGCGGCGCGCGGGAGAUUCGUAAUGCAGCGGAUAUCGGCGAAGCCACCCCUACACUGGAAAUCAUUGACCACUUCGUCACUCGUGGCUCGCAUUACGUCGAAUGCCGGUUAAUGGGAGAGGAGGGUAGGAGCGUUCCUGCGUUCAAAAUUAUGGGCAUAUUCUCCACAUGA